AUGGCCACUCAGCAGACGAAGGUUGGGCUAGACUACAGACGAUACACUGAAUCGAAGCAGGCAUCUGGAUCUGCUGCUGCGUCUAAUCCUCCGUCGUCUGCAAUGUCAACUUCUAGUGUUAAUCGCUCAGGUCUUCGAGCCACCUCUAGGAUACCUAUCGCCGGGCUGACACGGUCAGUGUCAAAUGCUGACCGGGCAGACAGAUCAGUGUUUCGAGGAACUAGUAUAGCCGGUAUAAGGCCGCGUGUAGGCAUAGAUCGACCUGCCUCUAGUACCACUCGCCAAGUUCCAAGCAAAACUGCAGCUACGAUGGGUCCAGGAUCCUUAGCUGCAUCUACAUCUGCGCGUUCUUUAGACAAGAGUGCCAGGAAGCUUCAACUGGAGCCAUCUUUGAAGCAGUCUACAAUGCCAGGACGUGGGUUCACACCACAAGAUAGACGUCCAGCAAUCAAGCGAGGAAAGGAGAUGUCUGCUGACGAUGUGAAGGAUGCACAUCCCUUGUCCCAAGAAGAAAAGCUUGCGGCGCGGCGAAGAGCUGAGACCCUUCACGAACAUCUUAUUAGUCCGCAAAGUAUCAAAUCCGCUCCUAACUCGACUGAGCUGAACCAUAUAGAUAUGCCAGAGCCACGGGCUUAUGAAUAUCCGCCCAGAGGCGAAAACCCUCUUUACAAAAGUCGAAUACAGACUAAGUUGGUCACUGACGCACAGGUUCUUGUGACUCAGGAGCAUGCUGCCGCCACUCUUGGACGUGGGAUUGAUGCAUCUAUCGAGGCAGCCAUCCCCCCAAGCAUAUUCACCAAGUCAUGCGCUAUAGUUACGGACGUAUUGAAUGAUCCAUAUGCAGGCAUUUCAGUUGAAAAUCUCCUCACAGAAAUGGCACGGCUUGAACAGCUAGUCAAGGACACUGAGAUGACACACAAAGAGGCUACUGCCGAACUGCAGGAGCAGAUUGCUGCUGGUAGGUGUAAAGCGGAGCAGCUAGAGAGGGACCUUGAACAGAAAGUCGCAAGAAUUCACGCCCUCGAGACUCGGAUACAGGAUAUGAAUCAAGCCGCAACGAGCAUGAUUAAGGAACGAGCCGAUUUGGACACCCUUGUUCAAUCCCUUAAUGCUACGAUUACAUCAUUGCAGGAAGAACUUGAUUCUCUGAUAGCUGCCGGAAAGAAACAAGAAGAAAAGCAUCUAGUAGAAAUGAGUGAUAUUCGAGGGGCCAUGCAGAAGGCUGUGGAAGACGUGAACAAACAGGAUCAAGAGAAUGCACAGUUGAAUGACAGGAUUCAUGAACUAGAAGAGGCUUUGAAUGAAGCGCGUCGGCGGGCCGGUGCAGCAGAAUCUGAGGCAAAUUAUAUAAAGGCAGAACUCAUGGGACUUUCGGAGAAGCUCAAGGAAUAUGUUAGCAAUGAAAAAGGGCUAGCCGAGGAGCUAACCAAGAAAGAAGCAGAGAUUGCACGGCUGCAAAAGGAAAUACACCAACAUAACAGCGAAAAGGCCAUGAGGGAGUUUGGCAAGAGUGCCGAAUCCCUCUUCUCGGCUCUGAUAACUGUGGACGCUUCUUCACAGGUAAACUUUUUAGAUGAAGCACACGCUAGGGAGAUUGACGAGCUAAAGAAUCAGAUUCUAAGUUUGGAGACUGAGUUUUCAAAUUACAAAGCCACGUACAGCGGUGUCAAGGUUGUACCCAGUGAAAAUGGGGACAUUCUUCGGAGUGUUAACAACACGGAUGUAAGGAUACUUCCUUGCGAACACUGUGAUCGUGGAGUGGACUUUGUGCAGACAAUGCUUGACUUGGUUGACCUACGAAAAAUGGAGACGGAGUGGUUGAUCGAUACGAAAGCUACCAAAGAAGAAAACGCUAAGCUCAAGGCUGCUUUAUUGGAACUGGGGCGCAGAUAUAAAGCCCUACAAGCUACUGGAGUAGACAAUAAAGCAUCAUUGCAGCAAGUUUCAAUACCCAGCUCAUUGCCCGCUGCACCUCUUGAAAGUGGUCUAAUGCCUGAGGCGGACUUUCCAGAGCACCAAGACCCAGAUGAAGAAAACCGCACAAUUAACUUUGCGUACAUGAAGGCUCCCCCACAUUUAUGA